GGGUUUUAAGUAUUAAUUAAGCCAGUCCAGUCCAAUAAGGCCUACCAAACAUGCCCAUUGGACAUUGCGCUCGUCUCUUCUCUCUCUUUUCAUGCCUCUUUCCCCGAAGCUUCCUUGCAUUUUCCUGACCUUCAAUCUUAGCCGUCCAGCAGAUCAUGGAGCCAGCAUCCACAGAGAGCGACCGCUGACUUUGGGUAGUUCAAUAAUAUAUUCAUCUGCUGCUCAAGACCAAACCACUGCCCAGAAAAAAAUAAUUAAUUAUGAGAUAACUUCUUCUGCUCAAGUCGGAUCGGAAGGCAGUAUCAAUUUCUAGUUGGUCUGAUCUGAACCAGUAUCAAUUAAUGGAUGCCAGGAAAGCCCAUAAAGCCUCCUCUUCAUCCUCACCAUCCUCCUCAUCAAAACGUGGGGAGUACCACAUAUUCUUGAGCUUCAGAGGUGAAGACACGCGCUAUGGCUUCACGUCUCACCUUCACAAGGCAUUAGAAAGCAGGGGAUACGAUGUUUUUAUGGACGAGGACGAUCUACAAGUAGGGAAAGUUAUAAAACCAGAACUGUUGCAGGCAAUCGAAAAGUCCAAGAUGUCUGUAAUUGUCUUCUCAACGAGGUAUGCAGAUUCCAGUUGGUGUCUUGAUGAGCUGGUGAAGAUCAUGGAGUGUAGAAGAACACUGAAUCAAAUCGUUUUGCCAAUAUUCUACAACGUGGAUCCUUCAGACGUCAGGAAACAGACUGGUACUUUGGCAUCUGAUUUUCAGAAACAUACCAUCCGACAUAAAGAUGAGGUGGUAAAGGAGUGGAGAAAGGCUCUUACUGAAGCUGCGAAUUUGUGUGCCGGGGUUCUCGAAGACAGGUAAUCAGUGAUUUCCUUGGAAUAUGAUCUCCUUAAUUACGUGAUUACUGGAAUACAAAGGCCCCUUUUUUAGUUUUCAAAUUUCAUUUUCACUUUUUUUGAAAAUUGAAACCGAAACUAAUGUUUGGUAACAAUUUUCGUCUUCUGU